UUGGCAAACUUGCUUAAGUUUUCUGCAUCUCUUCCUGCCCAGAUCUGUGGCAAAACAAGAGAGAGUAAACCUAGCAAAGACAGAGAAACCUCUGCUUCUGUUCUGUCCUAAAAUUCCAUCAUCUCCCCCUCCAUUGUUUGCUUUUACCAGCUAGCAACCAUGGAGUUCCAGAACCAAUCGAUGUCAGUCUCUCCCCAGAGAAAAUUGGGCAGGGGAAAGAUUGAAAUCAAGCGGAUCGAAAACACAACUAAUCGACAAGUCACCUUCUGUAAGAGGCGCAACGGCCUGCUCAAAAAGGCCUAUGAAUUGUCUGUUCUCUGUGAUGCUGAGAUUGCCCUCAUCGUCUUCUCUAGCCGUGGCCGCCUUUAUGAGUAUGCUAACAACAGCAGUGUCAAAACAACAAUUGAGAGGUACAAGAAGGCAUGCGCUGAUUCCUCCAAUUCUGGAUCUGUUUCUGAAGCUAAUACUCAGUUCUACCAGCAAGAGGCUGCUAAACUGCGUGGCCAAAUUAGAAGUGUGCAGGAUUCAAACAGGCAUAUGUUGGGCGAGGCUUUGAGCGAGUUAAAUUUCAAAGAGCUCAAGAACUUGGAGAAAAAUUUAGAGAAAGGAAUUAACAGAAUCAGAUCCAAAAAGAAUGAGCUCCUGUUCGCAGAAAUUGAGUAUAUGCAGAAAAGGGAAGUUGACUUGCAUAACAAUAACCAGUUUCUCCGAGCAAAGAUAGCGGAGAAUGAGAGAAACCAGCAGAACUUGAAUGUGAUGCCAGGAGGGGGAAACUAUGAGCUCAUGCAGUCUCAGUCAUUUGAUUCUCGAAACUAUUUUCAAGUAGAUGCACUACAACCCAAUCAUCACUACCCACGCCAAGACCAGAUGGCACUUCAGUUAGUUUAAUAAUUAUAUGCUUGAGGGAGUGGUAACUUGUGCUGUACGUUAUUAUGAUCUCCAUGGAGUGUAUCAAAUAUGACAUCAAGUGAAAGAUAUAUAAGAGGUAUGCAUGAUGUCAGGCACUAACAGGAGGCUACACUCCAAUAAUAUAAUGGCUUUGUAGACACUACUCAUAAGACUCCUAAGUAUUCCUAUUAGAAGUAUUGGACAUCUUUUCUGUAUGUUUAUGCUUGCACUAAGCAUAUAUGUAUUCUGUGACAGAAUCAUAAUUAGCUGAUUUUAACAGCCUCUCUUUGUAACAUAA